AUGGCGCCCUUGACGAGAUUCCGAGCCAACGACGAACAUGUACCAUCAGACUUGGCUCCCGAAUACUACGGCCAGCGUGCGUCUGUUCCUGGUACUCUUCUCAUCAGCGAGGCUACCAUUAUAUCUCAAGAGGCUGGUGGAUACCCUAAUGUGCCCGGUAUCUGGAAUCGGGAGCAAGUCGAUACUUGGAAGAGGGUCACCAACGCCGUGCACGAAAAAGGAAGCUUCAUCUUCCUACAGCUCUGGGCCCUUGGUCGCGUAGCUAUGCCAGAUAUAGCGCGUGCGGAAGGGUUUGACAUUAUCAGCUCUAGCGAUAAGCCAUUUGAGAAAGAUGCGGCCGUCCCAAGAGCUGCCACCAAGCUCGAUAUUCAACGUUUCAUUCAGCAAUAUGCCCAAGCAGCUCGAAAUGACGAGUACGGCGGCAGUAUCGAGAACAGGUCUCGCUUCAUCCUAGAGGUUGUUCAAGCUGUGGCUGAAGCCAUUGGAGCAGAACGAGUCGGUGUUUGUCUAUCACCAUGGCAGCGGUAUCAAGGAAUGCGUAUGGCUGAUCCUGUGCCGCAAUUCACUCAUGUCGUUCAGGGGCUCGGAGCGCUGGGUUUGGCUUAUCUACACCUGAUUGAGGCACGAGUCAACGGUAACGUGGAUGGUGACGACAGAGAGCCGCCCGACUUUGCCAUUAACGCAUGGGAUGCUCGCAAACCAGUUAUUCUGGCCGGUGGCUACACGGCUGAAUCGGCCCGACAGGUCACGGAGCAAUGGGGGAGUAGAGACAUCAUGGUAGCUUUUGGUCGCCACUACAUAUCCACUCCCGAUCUAGCCUUUAGAAUUAGAGAGGGGAUCCCUCUUAUGCCCUACGACAGAAGCACCUUCUACGCCCCAGGAGCGUUGCAUGGAUAUGUCGACUAUACGUUCUCUCCAGAAUUUCAGAAGACGAUUGGAAUUUGA